GUCCAUCUGCUGUAUCUCACACAGAUGCUGUAAUUACGCUGGCUGACAGUCAGACAUGUGACGCUGCCAUUACAUAUCAAAUUAUUUGUCCACAAAAUCAUGGUAUGAGAGUGAAUUUAAUCUGUGUUAGACUGUUUAUCAUUCCUGCAUUUGGCAUGUUGUGUAGAACUGUGCUUUCACUGGAGCCAAUUAACGACAUGUGACCUUCAGAUGGACACAACCGCCACCACCUGAUACUAAUUAACUAAUGAACAGCAAAGGGUUUGUGAAACAGAAAUCACAGUGACUGACAGUGCUUUUUCCUAGAGCUGAAGUGAUGGCGUCACAUCCUGCUGGUCUGUCUGAAAACAUCUGUUGACUCCAUUUUGUUGGAGAGACAACAUCCACAAACAGUGCAUCUACUGAAGAUGGCAAUGCUGCACAGAGAAAUAAAUGAGCUCAGCCUUUCUGCAGAGAGCUCCUCAGUCGAUGUGAAAGCUUGCCAAGCAUGUUUUAUUGGCACAUUCAUUUAUCAAAAGGCCAACACAGGGUGAGAGAGACGCCUCUUGGAGGGAGUUUGAGUAGAGGGGCCCUGGGGCUUGGCAGCGUCAACAGGACGGAGCAGAGGGCUGUCAGGCUGAGAACAUGCUAAUAAGGUCAGUCAGACAGAGCAGUGCUGCAGUAUCACAGACAUAGAGACUGACUGGAUACUCUCCACCAUGUGCACCUUUAAGGAAAUGGCCCACUUAACUACAAUUUGUGGUUCAGUGGGUAAUGAAAACAGGCCCAACUUUUGGGCAAUUCAUCACACGUUGUCCUUUACCUCCCACACACUGCACUAGACUCGCUGAUUGUAAAUUAAAGCUGUAGGGACUAUGGGUUACUUACUCCAUGGUUUACUGCCCAAUACAGAUAACUGUUCCACAUAUAUGUCAUGAAGCAAUUGUUUUUAAAGGGAACAUAACUGCAGGUAUUUAUCUCUCUAUAACUGUUCCAAUAAUGCAAAGGGACAUACAGAUAAAAAUACGGAAAUCAAGCUGCACUUGAUAUCACAAGUUAUAGCUUUUCUCAGAGGCUGACGAAAUACAUUCUGAUGUGGAGUAAUUUAAUGAAAAGGCAUUUUCAUUGUUUAAUUAGUUUUGAGUUAUGGCUGAAGUAGCACAGUCACGCCCUUGUUAGCCGGUGGUGGGACUGUCACCUCGCAGACCAUCAAGCCACUCAGUGAAGCGGAAGCUGGAACAGCGUGUACCAAAACAACACCAUCGCAUCGACAGUUGGAGUGUGGACACUUGGCUGUUGUUCUGUAUGGGUCACUGUUGUGGACACUCACUGGACAAACCCGCCUGACCUAAAAUCCCAUCCCAUGCCCUUUGCCUCUGAUAUCGUCUCAGAACAGUCUCUAAAAAGUGUAUCAGAAUCAGAAUCAGAAAAACUUUAUUAAUCCUCGUAGGGAAAUUCUUUUGUUACUAACAACUCCCAACUGAAAAUGAAGAAAAGAAGAAAAUUGCUCAUAGAUUGUGUAGUAAGAGAAAAAAGUUUCUAAAAUAAGUGAAGUGAAAACCAAAAAAAAAAAAAAAAAAACCAACAAAAAAACCAAAACACUCCUGCACAUUCAUCAAAUUAUCAAAUAAUGUGAUAACAGGCAAAUAUUUUAAUAUUUAUAUUGAAACACAUUCGGCAAUAACUGCUUUGUUAAUAUCUCAAGCCAAACUAGUAUAAAAGUCUAGGUGAGGGUUUGGUGAUGAAGUUAAAUGCAUAGGGGUAGACAUUUAUGAGACACUGCUGCCCCCAGCUGUUCAAAUGUAGUAACAGCAACAAUUCUUCCUCAAACAGACUCAAACUAAUGAUCCAGUCUUACAUUUAAUUUGAAAACAGGACAAUUAACCUAUAAAUAUAAGAACGCUACUACUAUAAUAUAAUAAAUCAUUUCCAAAUAAAAGUAGCCUGACACCAAGGUUUAGUGGCCACUGACCACUGAGUCCUGUGAUGACUCCUGCUGCUUCUUGAGCUCAGCCAGUUGUCUCUGCAUGCGAGAGAUAUCUUCAGACAUUUGCCUAAAGUGAAGAAGGCCUUGUUUAAUAGCUUUUAAUAUGUGGAACAUCAUUGCACUACUGAAGUAGUUUGCCCUCAAAUAGCCUCUUAUUAAACUACAACAAAUGAAAAGACACUAUGAAAAGCAACUGGGGUGAUUAUCAUUGGAAAACCACAGGAUGGGGUACAGUAAAUUAGUUUUUUAUAUCAUUAAUCUGAAAAUUCUCAUUUAAUUGUAUUAUUAAAAAAUAUGUUCCUCAUUUUCUGGCUUUUCAAGCUGUUUUUGUCACAAAGAACAAAGGAAAUGCCAUUUUUCUAUCUGUACUUUUUUUUUUUUUUUUUUAGAAUGAACACUUGUACUUGUAUUUGUGGGGAUUUUAACCUGUGGGCAGCCUGGGCCCUACUCAGUUGGCAGUGGAGACGCUUGACGAUGGCUUCAUAGCGCCUGUUCUGGAUCUGAGGCAAUACAAAUACAAACAAAAUUCAGUCAGAUGAGUUUUUAUUGAUUUGAUUUAAUUUAGUGUUUUGGAUUGUUGUUGAACUUGUGAUGAGCAUUUUUUACUUGCAAUACAAUACAGUGAAAAAAUCACAACUUCUCUCUGACAUACCUCUAUGCCUUUCUUUAUGUGGGUAUGAGUCUCAAACUCUUUUUGUAGUUGCUCUCUCCUCUCAGCUAUGGUCUUCCUUGUCACAGAGAUCUGCUCCUUCAAAGCGCCAAUCUCUCUCUGCAGAAAAGCAAAUGCGGAAAAAUAAAAUGGAUAAAAAUGGCUUAUUGUCAUCUGGAUGGACACACCGUUGAGCCAAAAAACAAAAAAUGUGAUAUGUUAAAUUCAAAAUUUCACUAUAAUUCAGGUUAAUUUUCUCCACCUUUGCCAUACGCACUGCGUUUCCAUUUGGAUUCUCCAAAUCUUCCUUCAGCUCCUCUUUCUUCUGUGUUACCAUCCUGACCAGUGCUUUCUUCUCCUCCAGCUCUUUAUGGGCCUCUGUCUGGCUUGCUGCAUGCAAAACAGCUGCUCUGUGACCCUCCAUCUUGUUUCUGUAGCUGUUAAACCCUGCCAGUGCCAUGCGAGCGUUCUCCUGCUCCUCACAUAUACAAAUCUGGAGUUCUGUGUUUUCUUUGCUGAUGGAUGCACAGCGAUCAUGCAGGACUUUUGUCUGCCGCUCCAGGUGUUCCAUGUCGCCCUCCAGGAAUAGGAUUUCCCUCUCUUUAGAUCUCAGCUCCUGCUGCGCCAUCUCACCUUUGUUCUCGACAUCUGAAAGAGCUGCCUGGAAGAGGAGGCAUAACAAGUUCAAACCAAAAAAAUAUAUUUUUGAGAAGUCUUUUAAAAUAAGCAUGUAGACGGCGCACUCUCACAGCUGUUUUAGAGAGCGUAGUCAGACUUGUCAGUUGGAUGAAAAAGGAAAUACUGAUACAAUAUUUUCCUUACAAUUUUAUUUCAGAAAUUGGAUGUAGGUUCAUUAAGUUGUAUUCCUUUGUUAAAGCAGUAAUGAAACCGAUUCUUUUUUUUUGCAUGGUCUACCUGAUAACCAAUUUACCAGUUUUGGCCAUUAAUAAGUAUAAUUGAACCAAAAUAUUGCAAUAAUUAAUUGCCAUCUAUUAAUCAACUAUUUCCACUGUGAUACCAACUACUUCUACUUGUCCUGCAACUUCUGCUGUUACUGUUACUACCACUAAUAAUUGAUGUAUAUACUUCUUCAUGCAGCAAAAUGCUAGAGGGGAUUUUAAUUGUAUCAUGGAGAGAAUAACUGAGUGUAUGGCAGUGUUAGCUUGAGCCUUUGGUAAGUGAAGGGUAUAAGUUGAACCUGCAGGGAGCUGAGUAUCUUCUGUUUCUCUCUCAGAGCCUCAGUCUGGGUGUAGCUGUGUUGACUGACAUCCCCCGCUGCUUUGGCUAAUGAAAAGCCAGGAUUUUUCUGAGUCCCUGAAGGAAAGCAGUAGCGCUCCAGGAGGAAGAGGAGGAGGAUGGAGGACACUGACAGGACACAAGUAUGCUAACAUCACAGAGGUGCCACUGUGGAGUACAGCAGCAACAAAACGUCUCUGUCACAGUGGUCUGGGGGACUUGUAUAAGAACGAGUCUGUUCAGAGGUACCUUCAGCAGCUCAUGGAGGAGUACAGAGACCUCAGCAAGAACUUACAGCAUGCUCACCUCAGCGAUUCAGACAGAAAAGUGUUUAUAAAGAGACACACAGAGCUUCUGCCUCUGGUAAAUAUAUUUGGUAAUGUUGAACAGGCUCUGAAAGACCAUGAGGAAGUCUAUUCACUACUGCAUGCUAGUACCAAAGAUGAAGAUGAACAACUGAUCCAGCUGUUAAGAGAGGAGGAAGCACAGAUCACCAGCAAGAUUUUGGCUUUAAGAAAAGAUUUGAUCAAAGCUCUCAUGCCCACUGACCCUCUUGAUUCCAGUAAUGUCCUGCUGGAGGUUGUAUCAGGACGGACGACAGGAGGUGACAUUUGUCAGCAAUUCAGCAGUGAAAUGUUUGAUAUGUAUCAGGGCUUUGCCUCUUACAAGAACUGGGACUUUGAGGUUUACAACUACACACCUGCUGAUUACGGUGGUUUGCAUCAUGCAGCAGUGAGAAUAACCGGGGACAAUGUGUACAGAUAUCUGAAGCAUGAAGGAGGAACCCACCGGGUGCAACGGAUCCCUGAGGUGGGCCUCUCCUCCAGGAUGCAGCGUAUCCACACAGGAACCAUGACUGUCAUUGUCCUGCCUCAGCCAGUGGAGAUUGAUGUCCACGUUGAUCCAAAGGAUCUUCGCAUUGACACUUUUAGAUCUCGAGGUGCUGGGGGCCAGAGUGUCAACACAACAGACAGUGCAGUGCGCAUCGUUCAUCUCCCCACCGGCAUAACAGCUGAAUGUCAGCAGAGUCGCUCUCAGCUGCAAAACAGAGACACUGCCAUGCGAGUGCUGAGGGCCCGGCUCUACCAGAGCAUGAUGGGUAAAGAGACCGAGCAAAGGGAUACAGCACGAAAGCAGCAGGUGGGUGCACGUUCUCAGUCAGACAGGAUUCGCACCUACAACUUCAGCCAGGAUCGUGUCACAGACCACAGGACUGGAUAUGUAACUAGAGAUAUUAAGGAGUUCAUGAAAGGAGGGGAGGCUCUCGACAAUCUGAUUUCUGACCUACUUGAACAUACAGAGAGGGAGGCUCUUCUGGACGUGGUGGAGAGAAGCAGCAGCAGUCUGAGAAAACCAGAAUCUGGCCAACCUGCAGACUGACACCCAACACAACGUGCUGUCAACAGGACUGACCAUACAGUAUGUUUAAAUACAUAUUACUUUAAUGUUAAUGUUGCAGUUUACCCUUGUACAGUAGUCACAUUGCAAAGAUGCAACAUAAAAAUUGCAUCCAUCACUCGUAUAUCAGGAGGUUUUUAUUCUUGUAAUAAAAUAUUCAGUGAUGUAUUUUAUGUCAUGGUAAUUCCCUGAUUGUCCAAGUUAUAUUCAGAGUUUCUAAUGUUGAGUUUCAGCACCAUUUUUACUACUUUACAUGGGUAAAAAGCUCAAAGUAAAUUACAGUACAGCUUACUGUCGAAUAUAAACAGAUAUUAAUACUGUUUAUUGUUGGUAAGUCAUCUUCGUGGUUCUUUGCCAAUCAGGGUGCGGUAAAACCACCUAUCAGCUUUGUACACACACUCUCACUGAAAGCAUGUCACACCCUGUGUGUGUGUGCCAGCUGGCCAGCAAAUUA